AUGCACCAGGUGCCGUACAGAACGGGACGCACCUCGAGUGAAGGCCGAUACGAUAGCUUCUGGGAGCAGUCCGUGUGCGGCGGAGCGGUGCCGAGGUCCCGCGGUCGUGCCCGAACGCGCCGAUCCUCCCCGGCCGGCGGUCACCGGCCCGCCGUGGCCGACGAGCGUCGCGGGUCCCCGGUGCGUGCCCUCUCCACCGGCUACGGCGGUACCCCGCCGUUCUUGCCGUCCAAUUUGCUCCUCAUAGGCCUGGCGCUCUGCUGCCUGGCUCUACCGGCGGUGCAGCCACGUCUCAGUCACCAUCAGACGUGCCCCGGCUGCCCGCACCAGCAGCAGCCCCAGCACCAUCAUCAUCAUCAGCAGCACCACCAUCAUCAUCACGUGCACGAGGGCGCGAGGGGUGGGAUUUUCAAGGACACCACCGCGCCCAGUCCGGACGAUCUCAGGCUGGAGGCGAUCAAGCAUCAAAUCCUGACGAAGCUCGGACUCAGGUCUCGCCCGGAUGUCAACAGGACGUUAGCCACCGUGCCCCGGCACUUGGCGUUGGAGACCCUCUACCGCGCGGAGGCGCAAACGCCGCCGCGCUACUCCGACCGGUCGAGGGUCGACUACGAGAGUGAGUAUCCGGGCGAGUUCCUUUACGCCGGCGACGAGUACUCGUACAGGAACCUCGAGCAGCGGACGGAGGAGGCCACCACGACGGAGGGGAACGCCCGGACCACCUCCAGGUCCCAUCAGGGAUACGACGACGUCCAGGAGGAGCUCGACGACUUCUACGCGAGGACCUCGGAGAUUAUCACCUUCGCCGAGCCCGGGCACACGCUGAACGGCCAGCCGCUACUGGAAUUCCCGAUGUCGAGCGGCGGACCGGCACUGGAACCCCUGAGAAUCAAAAGAGCCACCCUCUGGGCGAGAGUGGAACUCAAGCACGCCCAUCACUAUCAUCGUCACAGCCAGAUCAACCAAAGGAACAUCACCCUCUGGGUGUUCAGAGUGUACUGCGGUAACACGACGCAUCUUCGGGGCAAGGAGCUCGGGCAACACCUGGAAAUGGUGACAUCUCUCGUGGUGAACGUCGGCCAGCUCGGCUGGCAGAAAUUCGACGUGACGAGGGUCGUGAGCAGUUGGUACACGACGAGUUACUCGAAGGAUAAGCUGACGUUGCUCGUCGACUGCAGCGGGUGCGGCUCGCACGUCCACGUAUCGACCUUCGACGAGCACACGCGGCACAUGAUCGAGUCGUCCUUAAAUCCGAAAGGCGACCACGACCCGGACAGGCCGUUUCUGGUUGUGCGUACAGAUCCGGCGGCUGCGAAGCGCGUGAGGAGGCGGGCGAUCGAGUGCAACGGCGCGAUCAAGGGUCAGUGCUGCAAGCAGAGGUUCUACGUGAGCUUCUCUCAGCUGGGGUGGGACGACUGGAUAAUCGCUCCUCAAGGAUACUACGCCAAUUACUGCAGAGGAGACUGCGCGGCCGGUCACAGGACGCCGGACACGUUCCUCAACUAUUACACCCACGUGAUCGAGGAGUACCGGAAGAUGGACCGGCUGGCCGGUAUGCAACCAUGCUGCGCGCCCCUCAAGUUCUCGCCCAUGUCCCUCAUCUAUUACGGCCCCGACUCGAACAUCAUCAAGAGGGACCUGCCGAAGAUGGUGGUGGACGAGUGCGGCUGCCCCUAG